CUUCCCGCCCAGCUCCGAGCCCGCCCGGAGUCCGCGCGCAUGCGCGGGGCGGGAAACGUGGAGCCGCGCUGGAGCUGGGCCGGGCUGUGUUGCAGAAGAUAUGAAGGUCAUCACUUGUGAGAUAGCGUGGCACAACAAGGAGCCUGUGUACAGUUUGGACUUCCAGCACGGAACUGAUGGGAAGAUCAACCGACUGGCCUCUGCAGGUGUGGACACGGCUGUCCGGAUAUGGAAAGUGGAAAAAGGACCGGAUGGAAAAGCUAUUGUGGAAUUCUUGUCCAAUCUCGCCCGCCAUACCAAAGCAGUCAAUGUCGUGCGCUUCUCUCCCAAUGGUGAAGUCCUCGCAUCUGGUGCUGAUGAUGCUGUUAUUUUACUAUGGAAGCUGAAUGAUAGCAAAGAAUUGGAACCACUGGCUUUUCAGGAUGAAGAUGAAGCUCAGCUCAACAAGGAAAACUGGACAGUUGUUAAAACUUUAAGAGGCCACUUAGAAGACGUGUAUGAUAUUUGUUGGACCUCAGAUGGGAAUUACAUGGCAUCUGCCUCCGUAGAUAACACGGCUAUAAUGUGGGAUGUCAUUAAAGGACAGAAGAUUUCAAUAUUAAAUGAACACAAGAGUUAUGUCCAAGGAAUAACCUGGGAUCCUCUAGGCCAGUACAUUGCAACUCUGAGUUGUGAUAGGGUUCUUCGGGUUUACAACACACAAACCAAGCGUGUAGCAUUCAAUGUUACCAAGAUGCCAUCGGAGUCAGGAGCUGAAGGAGAGGCUAGGAGCUAUCGGAUGUUUCAUGACGACAGCAUGAAGUCAUUUUUCCGCAGACUCAGUUUUACUCCUGAUGGCUCCUUACUACUCACUCCAGCUGGCUGUGUUGAAUCAGGAGAAAAUGUGACAAACACCACAUAUGUUUUCUCCAGAAAUAAUCUUAAAAGGCCCAUGGGUCAUCUGCCCUGUCCGGGAAAGGCAACUCUUGCUGUUCGCUGCUGCCCUGUCUACUUUGAGUUGAGACGAGCACUUAAUAAAGAUGAAGUCGAUCAGAAAUCAUCGCCCUCUCUGUUGAAUCUACCCUAUCGAUUGGUGUUUGCUGUUGCUUCAGAAGAUUCUGUGCUUUUUUAUGAUACUGAGCAGUCUUUCCCUUUUGGUUAUGUUUCUAACAUACAUUAUCACACCCUCAGUGACAUUUCAUGGUCCAGUGACGGAGCCUUUCUUGCUAUUUCUUCUACGGAUGGAUACUGUUCAUUUGUUACCUUUGAGAAGGAUGAACUGGGAGUACCACUGAAGGAAAAGCCUCAAAUAAAUGUCAGGACUUCUGGUGCAACAGAGAAGAAAGUGAAGAAGAGUCAGCCACACAAAGUCAUUUCCCCAGGCUCAAGGCUGACAGAGGGGACUCCUCUGAGCACUCCCACUCUCCAACCUAAAACGCCUGUAGCUGCUGCUAAGGACUUGCCUUUAACACCUGUUGGCAUAAAAAAUGUUCAGGUCUCAUCUUCAGAGGAGAGGAAAAUCAGCCAGCCAGCCAGCCAGAGUACUAAAGUAAACCAGCCCAGGAGGAUUACUCUCAACACUUUACAAGCAUGGAGCAAGACGCCAAGGAGAAUAAACUUGAUACCACUGAAGCCAGAUACACCAGCCUCUGUAUGUACAGACACAGUUCCUGUACCUCCUUCCUCAGAACAGGAACAUGAGAGGCCAUUACCAUCUGAUGACAGUCUUCAGAAUCCCCCAGCAUGUAAACGUCCUAGAACUGAGGAAAUGCCUCUUUCUGUGUCUGCUGAAGACGAGAUUGGCUGCAAACCAAACAAAUAACAGCUAGUUUCAUAAUAGACUCUUCAUUCUGAACACAGUGCAGCCAUACCUGAGAGCUCAUUUCUUUCUGCAAAUGAUAAAUGCUCAAUUCCUGAUUAAAGUACCGUAUGUGUAUUUGAAGUAGUGCUGUGAGUAAGCUGGCAGUAGGUAGGCAGUAGCUUUACAGAAGAGGAAAUAAUUCUGAAGCUUCUUCGAAGUGUAGUUCUAUUUCUUGAAGUCAGUGUUCUUUGAUGCCACAGUUGAAGGAAAUCAUGCAAAUCUGGCUAUCAAAAAGCCAUACACUACCUAAGUUUUUCCAUCAGGAUUCCCUGAGUUGAUGUUUAUAAUGUAUCGUGUCCUCCAGCAACUUGUCUGGCACUUACGUAGAAUUUCUGAGGAACUGAGUUCAUUCUGAUUUGAUGUUGCUUAAGAAAAAGGGAAGAAACAAAAAAACCUGAGGCUGUUUCGCUCAGGCAGCUUGGCUAAUACAUUGCAGCAAUGUGCCUAAUAAUCAGUGCUCUCCAGUACCUGUGGAAUGGAAGCAAGCCUUUAUAUGCUCUGACCGUGUCAGCAUGCAGUAUGACUGAUACUGAAACAAAUCAGAAGUUAAAACUGCAGAAAACAAGAAAGCAGAAGGAAGACAUUUUCUGAAGACCUGUUAUAAGCAUUAAACAGUGGAAGAAAGUUCUUCACUGAACAAAGAAGUUUCUGUAUUUACACAGAUGCAGACAUGAGAUUUUCCUGAGGCGCCAAGAUUUGAAUUUAUACAUUAAAAGUGCACAAAAAGCUUUCCCUGGUUCUUUUUUCUAACUAACAUUCCUUUGGCUAAUAAAAUAAAGCAUGAUUCCAAUGUAUGUUACACUUUUAAAAGCUGAUUUUAAUAUUUCCUAUAAUUAAAGUAUAGCCUACGAUUGGAAACAACACCACAAUCUCUGAAAACCGCUACACUGUAUUUUCUCUGGUGUGUGAUGACUCCAGAAGUAGAAUGUUCAACCACAGAGUUCUGAGCGAAUCCAUUUCGUUAUUGUUCAAGAUCAGGUAUUUAUUUUUAAGAAAAUAAUGCUUAAAAUGUAAGUAGUUGUUCUAGAUAACGAUACCGUGUAGACAAAAAUUUCUCUUGUGACUCAGUGCACUUUUCUAUCAUGUGAAGCUCUGAAACGCACGGGAGGGGAAAGCUAGAAUUCAUAUUAAGCCUCUUUGAUUUCCCUGGAUUUGAUUGUUUUUAAGGUGUCUAAUAAGUGUUUAUUUUCUGUCAGUUUCUAAGUAAGUGUACAAAUGCACCAGACGUGGCAAUGUUACAGAAGCCUUUCAUAAAAUUGACAGAAAGAAGAAAUGCUUACAGAUACCUAUCCCCAAAAAGGUUUCAGGCAAGUGGAAUAUGUUAACUACAUAUUGUUUUCUCACAAAAUGCAUUUCAUCGUAAGCUUCUUUCUGUUGAAAACUAUAAGAUCAAAUAUGUUAUUUUAAUGUUAAUGACAUAACUGGCCUUUGUAGUCUUUGAAUGUAAUUAAUUACCAGAGUAUUAGUCUUCAUUUCAUGCCACACGCAUUCUGGUAAGAUCCACAUUAGUUUACAUAGUUGCUAGCCUAUUUUCUCAGUGCCUUGCAGUGUAAUUGGAUUGGUAGGUUUAUUGAUGCUUUCACUGCUUCCAUUUGGAGAUUAUUUCCACAUCAUCAACUCUCAUAAUGCUCUAUCUGGUAUUUUUUCUUUCCUGAUAACGACUUCUUUCAUUAGUUUUAGUUUUUCUUCUGCUGCUGUGAUUUCGUACUUCUCUCAGCCUGUGGUUCAAAAAAGCCCUAGCUCACAAACAGUGAGAUGUAAAAAGCAAGUACAGAUUGCCCACUAGGUGCCGCUGUUCUAACAGGAUUCCUCCACUUGUGCUUAGGGGGUAGAAUGAUCCAGACAGCAAGAAAAGUGUUUUCUUUUUAAUAACGGGUUGGAAUUGAACCUAUAUAACAAAUAUAAAUUAUCACCAAAUAAAUUGAUUUCAUUGUUUUGACAAACUUCCUUCUGAAAGGAUGUGUUUGGUUUUGGUUAUGUUGACCGUAUCUCCCUAUCCCUUCUUUGUUGGGAGAUAUGAAGUAAAAGAUCUGAAGUACCACAUGCAGCCCCAAACUUGCCAGGAAUCUCCUAAGCAUCAUUUCUGUCAAAAAGCUCUUUGAAGAGGGUAUAGGAAGGAAAUAUGUACGGACCAUUUGGUUGGUAUAUACUCCAGGAUCAGUUUUGAAUUGUCUUUCCAGGAGUUACCAGCUUAUGAUACUCAUAUCGCUUCAUGUUUGCAUGCCUCACCCCAGUGUCAGAAGUUAAUUGUGUGUCCAUAUAUUGCUUAUGGAUUCAAAAUGGCAUCUUUAUGUUGUGUUCUUUAAGCUCCUGUCUGGACAAAGAAGGAAAUAACCACGAUGUUCUGAGGCUAUUACCUGAAUGUUCAUCCCUCUACAUUUCCUUGCAAAGAGGACAGAGGACAGCUCUUAGAGCAGCAGGCAGAAAGGUACUUCGUAACAAUACAAAGUCUCUUAGGUGCUCACUGUGCUCUCUUGAGUCCAAAUGGGAAAUCAUGAUCUGUGAGAUGCUGCCCCUUCCUAGUGGUACGUAUGGAUUUUCUCUUUGCUGUGUAAGGAGUAGGUAGGAGCCAUAGUUAUUGAGAAGAAUGCAGGUAGAAGCAGAGGUGGCUGGAAAAGUCAAAGUCAGUGGUGUGGAUUAAGAUUUUUGAGCUGAGUGUAGAGAUGAUAAGAGGAAAAUGCAAUAGACUGGCUUCAUUCAAAAUAUCUCCUCCAUGCUGCCAGCUGUGAAACAGCACAGCCUCUCCUAACCCACUCAUCAACAGCAUCCCAGGCAGAUCUGAAGGCUUUUCCAGCACGAGCUCACACUGCAGAAUCUCCAACAGACCUUUGAUGAGCAACCUAUGGAUACCAAAGUUCCCCUGAACUUGGAGCUCUGGCCUUCUCCAAGUGUGGCCUUUGCGUAGUCACUACUCUCUUUAGUCCUCCUUCCAAAGGAGGCGUGAGUGAAGGAGUAAGUACUUCUCUGCUGCGGAUGAAUGAACCUGCAGUGAUCUGCUGAGCCCUCCCUUAUUCCAGCAUUGCCUAACCUUGCCUUUCUGACUUAGUGUCCUGGGCUGCCAGUGCUCUAGCACCAGCAGAAGAACUGGAAUUUACAAACAGAGAGCAGUUAAGCUUUUGCCCUGCCAAUUCCCUCUCGUGUGUGCCAAACCAGAAUACAGCAGGUUUUUUCUUGAGCCUGGCAGCCACUUUCAUCCAAGUGAUAUUGCUGAGAAUGCGGCUGCUUAUUCCCUCAAUUGAAAACCCCCAAACCCAUGGCCUGGAGGCCUCUUGGCCUGCAACUUGAGAGGGUUUGCUUCUGGGAGCAUGAAUAAUUAAAAAGGUUCACAAAUUUCUUUCUGUCUGGAAGCUGUUCAUAAAUCUGGGCUUGUCCAGAGACUGUGAAAACCUGAUCCUGGUUCUCACGAAGGCAGAAGACCUUUUUGGAUCUUUUCAGCAGGGACCGAUGAAUGAGAUCUCCAACGCUUCAGUGUUUCUUUGUGCCAUGCAGUUACAAAGAUGUUGGAUUCAUUCUGUGCUUAUGUAUGUAAGUGCUCACAUGCACUCUAGCCUAUAUGUUGUUAUCCUUUUAUAUACAUAUAUAUAUAUUUUACAUUUCCAAACAUUUUUCUUGCUAUGACUUAUAUUAACCAGAAAACCUUCAUCUUGUAAAGCCUUAUUUCUCUGACACUUGCAUGCUAUGAUUCUUAGGCACACCAGCAAUGCUUAUAAAUAAUGUCAGGUUUUAUCUUGGUAUAAAAUUUUCCUGUGCACUUAAGCAGCAAAAAUAAAUAAAUAAGCUGUGCAGGCAUAUUUAUUUGAAA